AUGACGACGCCGCAAUUUUCGAACCAGACUGCCUUUGAUCAGCUCGCGGAGCAGAUGAAACAGACUUCUAUCGCAACCCCGAGUGCUAGCAGCAGUUCCGCCCCGCCCCCAGAAGCUGAUCCUAACUGGCGACAAAACCUCAAGCUGCCCCCCAAGGACAGCCGCCAACAAACAGAGGAUGUCACAAAUACUAAAGGCCUAGAGUUCGAGGAUUUCAACCUUCAGCGGUCCAUGCUGAUGGGUAUUUUCGAGGCUGGCUUCGAGAGACCUUCUCCCAUCCAAGAAGAGAGCAUCCCCGUUGCCCUGCAGGGAAGAAACAUAUUGGCUCGCGCGAAGAAUGGCACAGGAAAGACGGCCGCCUUUCUCAUACCUUGUCUCGAAAAGGUUGUCCCCAAGGAGCCCAAGAUUCAAUGCGUCAUCCUAGUACCCACACGAGAGCUGGCCAUGCAAACGUCACAGGUUGCCAAAACCCUAGGUAAACAUCUCGGUAUCAACGUGAUGGUCACCACGGGAGGAACUGGUCUGAGGGACGAUAUCAUCCGUCUGGCAGACCCUGUGCAUGUUCUCGUCGGCACACCUGGCAGGAUUGCAGACUUGGCGCGACAAAACAUUGCAGACCUGAGCGAAUGUCGUAUGGUCGUCAUGGAUGAGGCCGACAAGCUUCUUUCCCAGGAAUUCACCACCACCAUUGAAGAGGUCCUCGGCAGACACCCCGCCGACCGUCAGCUCAUGCUCUUCUCCGCUACCUUUCCAAUUUCGGUCAAGGAGUUCUCUGACAAACACAUGACCAACCCUUACGAGAUCAAUCUCAUGGACGAGCUGACCCUCCGUGGUAUCACUCAGUUCUACGCCUUUGUCGAAGAGAAGCAGAAGGUCCACUGCCUCAACACGCUCUUCUCUAAGCUCCAGAUUAACCAGUCUAUCAUCUUUUGUAACUCGACCAACCGUGUCGAGCUGCUUGCUAAGAAAAUCACCGAGCUUGGAUACUCUUGCUUCUACAGUCACGCGAAGAUGCCUCAGCACGCCCGUAACCGAGUUUUCCAUGACUUCCGCAAUGGAGCUUGCCGCAAUCUCGUCUGCUCCGACCUUCUCACCCGUGGCAUUGACAUCCAAGCGGUCAAUGUUGUCAUCAACUUCGACUUCCCCAAGAACGCCGAGACAUACCUCCACCGUAUCGGCCGUUCUGGUCGCUAUGGUCAUCUUGGCUUGGCAAUCAACUUGAUCAGCUGGGACGACCGAUUCAACCUCUACAACAUUGAACAGGACCUGGGCAUCGAGAUCCAGCCCAUCCCUGCGAGCAUUGACAAGAGCCUCUACGUCUACGAGAACCCCGAGUCCAUUCCCCGUCCGAUGAAGACGGCUACACAGCAGAGCCUCUGCGGCCGGCCAGCUUGA